AUGGAAACGGAUUUCGUCUUAGACACGGGGGGCAAUAAUGAUGUGCCAAAAAGUACCGGAAUUUUAUAUAGUGCAUCUGAGAUUGCCCUAAAAGAUGACGACUCAGAUUCUGAAUCUUGUGAUAAUCCUAAGCCCCAACAGAGUUUCCGAAGGGUGGGAUCUUCAAUUCGCUAUCAUAUGAAUGAUAAGUUUUCAAAAUUAAAGCCUGGUCGUAUUUCUUAUGAUUUGCGCAAAGCUUUGGGGAUUUCUCGCCAGGAUAUCCCUUUGCAUGUAUACCGCAUGCGGUCUUUGGGCUAUCCGCCUGGAUGGUUGCGCAAGGCAAAAGUAGAGCAGUUGCCGUCUUUUGAUGAAGAUGGUAAACUUAACCAAAUUCAGAAUGGUAAUACUUACAACGUUGAUGCUCUGAUUGCUUUUCCGGGAUUUAAUGAAUAUUCCUCAAAUUUGGUUGAUAGAUGUUAUGAGUAUAAUUGUCCCCGGAUGCGUAGUUCCGAUGUAAUUGAAAACUUCAUUAAAUCUCUCAAUAAAUCGUCAGUCAAAACAGGUGAUUUAUCUCUAUUUAAGCAAUCACUUGAAAACAAAGGUUUGUCCGACUUAGAGCUUGAGCGCCAGCGGAUUUUAUCCGAAAUGAAAGCUCUUUCUGCGGAGACUUCGGUUCAUUCGACUGGUAAUAAUCAACAGAGUGAGUGCAAAGUUAUUGAUCUUUGUGAGGACCCAGACAGCCCCAUUGUUGAUGUUUCUUGUUCUUCGGGAACUGCCGAAAUUCCUAUUGAUUCGGGUCAUACAUCUUACUCUCCGAAAGUGGACUCCUCGUCUAAAGAUCAGGUCAUUAACUUGGAUCCUGUUGAGACAUUCGCUGACACUAAUAGUAGUAUUAAUGUAGAUACAUUUGAACAUCGGUUCGUCAACGUAGGUCCUAAUGAGCAAGUCUCGAAUGAUAUUGAAAUGACUUCAGAAGACCCAUCUGUGUGUCAGAUUGGAUCAAUAUCUCUGUCAGGUAUCUCAAUUCCUGUAGUUAACUUUCUUGAUGAUUUGCCUUCAGCAAAUGAUGAUAAUGCAUCAUUAAAUAAUAACCUGACAGUCGCAAAACUGCCCAGUUUAGAGGCUUUUAGUUCAGGUAUACAGCCCUAUGUACCAUUUGAAAACCUCCCUAAUACCCAAGGUGGUUAUAAUCGUGUUCGCAAUAUCCUGAAACGCGUAAAAAAUGCUUCAGGAGAUGUAUCGAUUUCCGUUGAAGAGACGAGUUUUAUCUUAUCAAAACCAACGGAAUCAGAGAGAUCGAGUUCUCAAUGUAGAUCAUCUGCAAAUGAUAGAAGUAGUCGAAAUGAGCCCAUAAAUCCUCGACCUCAAUUCAUAAACGCAUCCGAAAAUAGGCCAUCUCGCCGUCUAGAUGACAAACCCAUGACGGCUGUUGAAAUCAACGACCUCUUAGCUCACAGUGACAGUGAGAGCAGUGCUGGAUCCGAUUGGAAUGAUGUUAGGGAUGAGGUGGAUAUUGAAGAGGAAAAGAAUGCGGCCAAAGCGGGGGAUAGUGGUAAUGAGUCCGAGAUCAAUAUCAGAUCUUUUGUUCCUUCUAGUUCUCAUUUAAUUCAAAGGACUGCUGUGAAAGAUAUUGGAGUUGGGGAACUAUUUGAAACACCAGCGACCUCGGUGACGGAUGAUGAAGAUGUUAUGCAAUACUCAGAUGUUAACCAUUCAGCCCUUAACGAAUACGGGCGAAAAAUUCUUGAUACGAUUGUCAGAGUGGCUACAGAUCGCCAUGAAAAACAUGUGGAACGAGAGGUUGACAGAGCUAUUCUUGCGUCAGAACAGCCAUCCACUAGUGGCACUGGAGAUGAUUCGAGUGCUGCCAAACUCGAAGCUCUGAAAAUCUGUGAGGAAAAACGUGCUAAAGCCUUGGCUGCUAUUAAUGGCCCUAAGGUUACAAACUCAAAGUGUGAUUACUUUAUGGCUACACCUACCAAUAUACGUGUGAUGCGACCGCAAAUUUCCUCCGAAAUGUGGGAAACCCGCACAAGCAAUCGUCGUGUUUUUAAUUUGGUUCAGUUCGUUCGGGAGGCUUCAGGACCCAAUGCAACAAAUCUUCAGACAGAGACCACCGUUCUUGUUGCUGUUGUUGGAUCUAAAAUGCCCCCACGUCGAAGUCGCAAUAGCAAAGUCUUCUCCAUUUGGCGUCUCACUGAUUUAACUACUGUAGGCACAGGAUCUUCAAAUGGUCGCAAUGUCAGUCUCUUCCUCUUUGGAGCUUGUCAUGAAAAACUGUGGAAGGAACCGGAGGGAACAGUCAUAGCUAUCCUCAAACCAAAGAUCUUACCACCUAGUGAGAAUGGCAAAUAUUCGGAGAAAGGAACUGUUGAGGUAUCAAUAACCGUUGAUUCUGCCCCUUUUGUUAUGCUUCUUGGAAUGUCCCCGGAUUUAGCUCACUGUGCUGGCAAAACAAAAUCCGGAAAUCCUUGUUCGCUGAUUGUCAACAAAAAUGCUUGCAAAUACUGUGAUUUUCAUGUAAAGUCGGCUUACUUAUCAGCAAGUCAUAAUCGUGUGGGAUUCGCAACAAGAUCGUGA